AUGGUUCAAACUAAUUAUAGUACUCCUCCUACCGAUUGGUCACAAGAAACACUAAUAGCAGCCGCCGACGAAGAAAUCCCGACGAUCGACUAUUUCUCCCUCUUCUCCGAUGACCCUGACCGGCGUUCCACAGCCCUGGACUGCCUCUCCACAGCUUGUGAACACUAUGGCUUCUUCAAUUUGGUAAACCAUGGGAUUCCUGAUGGAGUGAUCGGAGGUGCUUUGAGGGGGAUAGCCGAUUUCUUCGAGCAAACGACGGUGGAAGAGAAGAGCAAGUACAAGAAAGGUGAUCCCAGGGCUAGGAUUCUUUGGGAUGUCAGGUGUCACGCCGGGGAGAAUAGGGAACAUCUCAAGCUCCUUGCUCGUCCGACAUUCCAUUGCCCUCCUAACCCACCUUCCUUUCGAGAGGCAUUGAGAGAAUACGAGAGGAGAUUCCACGAAGUGAAGAUGGGAUUAGCAAGGGCUAUGUCCUUAAUCUUGGGACAUGAAGAGUCCUACAUUGAGAAAGCUUUCGAUCUAGAGUCAGGCUUAGAUGUGGCUGCCAUGAAUCGUUACCCACCAAACUUCCAAUCGAAGGGCACCUUGGGACUGGCUGAGCACACCGACCCUGGUUUCAUCAUCUCCCUCAUCCAAGAUACGGAUGGCGGCCUUCAAAUCCUAACCCAUCAAGGACAGUGGAUCGACGUCCACAUCCCUCCCAAUGCCAUCUUAAUUCAACUCGGGGAUCAAUUGGAGGUCUUAACCAAUGGCAAGUACAAGAGUCACAUCCAUCGCGUGCUGGUGGGUGACUACAGGACGAGGAGGAUCUCGCUGGGCAUACUCCAUGGGCCAUUCGUAGAACAAUUUGUAGCUCCGACAUCGGAAUUCAUGGACGACGCUGGCUCGACAGCUUAUCGUGGAAUGACCUACUCAGAUGCUCUGCAAGCCAACGGUCGUUACGAAAUUGAAGUUCAGUCAUGCAUCGAACAACUUAGAAUUCUACCUCUAUAAUUGAUUUAUGGGAUAUACAUAUCAUCAUAUAUAUGGUAUGGAUGGCGUAUCUUGUUGAGUUGUGUGGUACAACACUGCUGACACAAAGUAGAUAUUCCAAUGUACGUCAAAUUUGAACGAGUGUUUUUGUUGUGUUUUGCUCC